UUAUCUCAUCGAGCAACCACGCCUCGUCUCUGCUACGCCACGUAUUUGCGUAAUCACUCCGGCGAACACAAACCGUACAGAAAGGAUGAAGAUGCUUCUGGGACUAGUGACGCUGAGCGUAGUGGUGGUGGCUGCCAUUUUGGGAGCACCACUCGAUGAUCCCCGGACUGCCGAGAUCCUGCGGUACGACAGUGAAAACAUUGGCAUCGAUGGAUAUCGCUUCGAAUUCGAAACCAGCGACGGCACAGCUCGCCGCGAAGAAGCGGAACUGCGCAAUGCCGGCACAGAGAACGAAGCGAUCGUUGUUCGAGGUUCCUACUCCUAUACCGGGCCCGAUGGUACGGUCUACGUGAUCAACUACGUGGCGGACGAGAACGGAUUCCAGCCGGAAGGAGCCCACAUCCCAAAGUGAUCCCGACAUUGGUGAAUCCCGGCCGAUCCCGUCUGGUGUUAAGUGAAUGAGUGAGGAUAACAAAUCAUUCGCUUAAAACUGUUAACAAUCGUUGGCCGCCUGGCUUUACUCUUUGAUCCGAAUGCACCUCCGAAAGGUUAAACAGU